UGUUGAAAUGUGCGUUUCAUAUGAGCAGCAGCAGCAAUAGGAUUUACCCCAUUUAUCAGCUGUGUGCGUUAGUUGCGUACUUGCCUGGCUGGUCGACUAUUUAGCCGCGCACUGCGCCAAUUCGCAAAGCACUCAACAUUCUGUUGCCGACAGCGACGCGGGCGUCGUGCCAGUGCGUGUUGUAGCCUUUUCUUUCGUUUUGUUGUUCCUAUUCGCUUCCACACCUAACGCGAUGUCGCAGAAUUGCAGCCCACAACAGUUAAUUCAGUUCGUCAAUUGCCGCUUGGUGCGAAAUCAUCAGCUGAUCGUUGACGAUCUGUGGGUGCGAGAUGGCAAAAUCAUCAAUCCGGAGCCAGUUUUCUACGAUGAGCGGGCGACGGCGAACCAGCGCAUCGACUGUGGUGGUGCGAUCAUCGCGCCCGGCUACAUCGAUUUGCAAAUCAAUGGUGGCUAUGGGGUUGACUUCUCCUACGACAAGGACACCAUUGAGGCGGGCGUGCGCAAGGUAGCCGUCAGUCUGGUGGGCAGCGGCGUUACCUCAUUCUGCCCCACACUCGUGACCUCACCCAAUGACAGCUAUCAUACGAUAUUACCGCGUAUGCCGCGACGCAUCGAAGGCGGCGCCGGCAUUUUGGGCGUCCAUGCCGAAGGACCCUUCAUUAAUCCACAAAAGAAAGGCGCCCAUCCAGCCAACUGCAUUCAAACUAUUGACAAUGGCAUGGAGACGCUACGUUCGACGUACGGCGAGCUAGACCGCAUUAAGAUAAUAACGCUGGCACCUGAGCAGGUGAGCGAUGCGAACGUUAUCGAUGAGCUGGUGAGGGCGGGCAUUACCGUCUCGCUGGGCCACUCGAUGGCCAGCCUCAGCGAUGGCGAGCGAGCCGUUCGCCAUGGAGCCACUCUCAUUACGCACCUGUUCAAUGCGAUGCUGCCCUUUCAUCAUCGUGAUCCGGGCCUGGUCGGCCUGUUGACCUCCGAUCAAAUACCGCCUGGACGCAUUGUCUACUUCGGCAUCAUUGCCGAUGGGGUGCACACGCAUUCGGCUGCCCUGCGCAUCGCCUAUCGGACGCAUCCCGAUGGCUUGAUCUUGGUCACAGAUGCGAUCUCAGCCCUGGGCCUGGAGGAUGGCAUCCAUCACAUUGGCCAGCUGCCGCUGGAGGUGAAGCAGGGCCGAGCUUUCAUAGCUGGCACCGAUACGCUCUGUGGCAGCAUAGCGCCCAUGGACGAGUGUGUGCGCAUCUUCCAAAGGGCAACAGGCUGCUCCAAGGUCUUUGCCAUAGAGGCUGCCACAUUGCAUCCGGCGCGCUGUUUGGGCAUUGAACGUGAGAAAGGAACCCUGGACUUUGGCUCGGAUGCUGAUUUCAUAGUGCUGAACGAUGAUUUACAGGUUCUAUCCACCUGGAUAGCAGGCGAGCGGGUUUACAAAUCCAGCAACUGAGCCCUGCCCACGCUACAAACAUUCUCUUUGUUGUCUAUUUUGCUUCUUUGCUUUUGUUUUUUAUUUUUUCACUUGUUUUAUUUGGAUUAGAUGACGCUUUAAUUUGUUCUUUAA